AUGUCCAUGUUUGUCAAACCCGCCGCUCGAGCCAUCCUCAAUCAGCUCAGCUCAGAAACGGUGACAAAGUCCUUUGGCAGCACACCUCUCCGCGAUCUCACACGGUACGCAAUCGGCGAGCAGGUCUUGAUCAACGGCAAACGACUGAGCAGUCCUCUAGUGAAUGGCCGGACAAGCCCGGUCCCAGGAGACGGGAACAAUGCCUUGUUACAGCACGACAAUGUAAUCGGCCAGCGCGCCCGGACCCUGCGCACCAGGGACGGUAAGGGUGGCAGGUAUGUUCAGGUGGAGCGUCCGACUCUGGACGAGUACAUCAGUCUGACGAGAAGAAACGUUACGCCGGUCUAUGCCACUUAUGCAUCGCAUAUUGUCUCGCUGUUGGACAUUCACCCACCCACGCCCGGUCACAAGCAUGAGAACGAGCGUUUGGAGAUACUAGAAGCCGGCACAGGUCAUGGGAGCCUGACCCUCCACCUCGCUCGUGCAAUCGCAGCGGCUAAUCAUCCUCCACCGCUGUCUGCGCUCCCUGCGAUGCGCGGCAAAAGCGCAGACGCGGAUCCGGAUGGCGCCCUAGCUGAGCCAGUCAAUGACCAGGAAUGGUCCUCCUGGCUGAGCGACCGCCAGGCCAUAGUACACACCGUCGAAACCGUGCCCAAGAACUCAAGAGACGCCGAGAAGCUUAUUCGCGGCUUUCGUCGGGGCCUCUACUGGCCGCACAUCGAUUUCCAUGUCGGCAGCGUGGGUCAGUGGCUUCGUACGAAGCUGCAAGAACGAGGCACCGAGUUCCUCUCAUAUGUCCUCCUCGAUAUGCCGGAAGUCGAAGAGAUGCUGCCUGUAGCAGCACAAGCAAUGAAGGAGGAUGCUCUUCUGGCAGUCUUCUGUCCUUCAAUUACUCAGAUCGCGGAAUGUCAGAAGUUGAUCAAAGAGCAAAGUGUGCCUCUGGCGCACGAGCAGGUCGUAGAGUUGGGCGAGGGCAUAAGUACCGGCAGGGUAUGGGAUGUGCGAGUUGUGGUACCUCGCAAGAGGUUAGCUGAGCUCGAGGCACUGAAGAGAGCGGCGGCAAAGCGGGCCUCAAGCGAGUCGAGCUCAGAAAGCGACGGUCAGAGCGACGUGGAGACAAUUCCCGGCGAUGAGGCCUUAGCUGAGGUCGAGGCGGCUGCGAAGGACGUGAAAUUCGUAUGCAGGCCCAAAGUCUUUGAGGUGACACGCGGCGGAGGAUUUGUUGGACUUUGGAGGAAGAGUACCUUCUCCAAGGAGGCUUUCGAGGCGGAAGGGACGAACGACGUACGGCAACCGCCGUGUCCCGUCACGUCGCCGGUCGAUUGA